GAAGCAAGCAGAAAAUAAUGAGACAGUCACAGAAAUUAACAGACAUUUCAGAGAUUAGAUUAACAAUAGAGUUAAUGGAACUGAGACUGUAAGAGAUGGAGGCCCAUUUGGUCUCUUUAUAUAACACCUUUCAACUCUGCAUUUUAUAGCAGAUCUAUAAUUUCCAUUGAAAUUUUUAUUAUCACACCAAAGAAAUGAGAGUUCUUUUCUCUCUCUCUCUCGUAGUUCUCUUAUUCUUUCUUGUUCAUGGUGUUAAUGGCGAGAACCCAUAUAGAUUCUUCACGUGGAAAGUCACGUACGGUGACAUAUACCCUCUUGGCGUUAAGCAACAGGGGAUUUUGAUUAAUGGGCAGUUUCCUGGGCCACAAAUAGAUGCAGUUACAAACGAUAACCUUAUUAUCAACGUUUUCAAUUACCUAAGAGAGCCAUUUCUCAUCUCUUGGAAUGGCAUACAGCAGAGGAGGAACUCAUGGCAGGAUGGAGUCUAUGGCACCAAUUGUCCAAUCUUACCAGGAAGAAACUUCACUUACAUCCUCCAAGUGAAGGACCAGAUUGGUAGCUUUUUCUACUUUCCAUCACUUGGAAUGCACAAGGCUGCUGGUGGGUUUGGUAGCAUCAGAAUCUGGAGCCGUCCUCUGAUUCCUGUACCUUUCCCUACUCCUGCUGGGGAUUUUACUGUACUAGCUGGAGACUGGUACAAGAGAAAUCACUAUCUUCUGAGACGAAUAUUGGAUGCUGGUCAUGAUCUGCCAUUCCCUGAUGGGCUUCUUAUCAAUGGUCGUGGAUGGAAUGGAUACACAUUCACGGUUGAUCCAGGUAAGACAUACAGGUUCAGGAUAUCAAAUGUGGGCCUUGCAACAUCAAUUAACUUCAGAAUUCAAGGACACAAAAUGAAACUAGUGGAGGUAGAAGGAUCUCAUACACUACAGAAUACCUACUCUGACCUUGACAUCCAUCUUGGUCAAUCCUAUUCUGUAUUGGUCACAGCUGAUCAGCAACCCAAAGAUUACUACAUUGUCGUUUCUACACGCUUCACACCUCGUGUACUUGCAACAACAGCCAUUCUUCACUAUAGCAAUUCAUGGAGCAGAGUUGCUGGCCCAAUCCCACGAGGUCCCACUACUCAGAUUGAUUGGUCCCUCAACCAGGCCAGAUCGAUUCGUCGGAAUCUGACUGCAAGUGGACCUAGGCCGAAUCCCCAAGGCUCUUACCAUUAUGGAAUGAUCAAGACUAGCCGAACAAUUAUGCUUGCAAACUCUGCUCCUUUUAUUAAUAGGAAGCAGAGGUUUGCUGUUAACAGUGUAUCAUUCAUUCCUUCAGACACCCCAUUAAAACUUGCAGACUACUUCAAGAUUCCUGGAGUUUUCAACCUGGAAAGCAUCCCUACCUCCCCCACCUGGGGAAAUCCUUACCUCCAGACCUCAGUGAUGUCUGCUAAUUUCCGGGAGUUCAUCGAGAUUGUUUUCCAGAAUUGGGAGGACACGGUGCAGUCAUGGCAUAUUGAUGGCCAUUCCUUCUUUGUUGUGGGAAUGGAUGGAGGGCAGUGGACACCUGCAAGCAGGGUAGGGUAUAAUUUGAGAGAUGCAGUUGCUCGUUGCACCACUCAGGUGUAUCCAAGAUCAUGGACUGCUGUUUACAUGGCUUUGGACAAUGUCGGAAUGUGGAACAUUCGGUCGGAGAACUGGGCUAGGCAAUAUUUGGGGCAGCAAUUCUAUCUCAGAGUUUAUACCCCUUCAAAUUCAUGGAGAGAUGAAUUACCCAUCCCCAGGAAUGCUCUUCUUUGCGGCCGGGCAAGAGGUCGCCACACUAGGCCACUCUGAAACUUUUAAGUUACGCUUAGAUUAAAAAUUUUGUCACGAGAGGGUGACAGUGCCUGAGGACAAGGACAACCGAUUGCCCAUGUUCUGUUCUUGUUCUUGAUUUUGCAAUCCAAGUAAUAAUCAGUAGUAGCUUUACUUAAAGAUUGCAACUUUUCAUUUUUGAUUAAUACAAUAAUUAGAUAAUACUAA